GAGAGAGAGAGAGAGAGAGAGAGAGCCAUGGGUAAAUCCCAGCCUGUGUCUGAAUCAUGCAGCUGUAUCUUUAUCCCAUGGAGGGACAAUGAAGAGACCAGCAGGUUCAUGCUAUCCCUCUCUCCCAUCAUCUGAUCCAUUCAUCAAUCUGACUGCUUCCUGGACGGCAAGACAGACACAGAUUGCUUUCAUACAGAGCUUUUCCAGGUGCCCAAUACUUGUGUUUGAUGUCAGCCAGCUCAACUGCUGCUGACCUGAAGGAAGUUGUCUCCUAUACCCUGCGCCUACAGAACAGGAAGUGUGAGCCAAGAAGACGGUGGGUGGGCGUAGCCAAGGCCACAUUUCAUCACCUAUUCUGUGUUAGCAUGGUAGAUAUGAUAAUGGCGUCACCCUGCUGGAGGCAUGGUGGAGGAGGCAUCUGCUGGUCCAAACCUAAAUGAAAGUCACCUCUCUAGAGGCUGGCCUCCUUCGACCAUACGGCCUGGCCCUGGACCGGGGUCCGUCCACAAACUGUCCACAAACGAACACAGACGUCUGACCGUGGUCUCGUAUUUGUGUGAGCGGCAGCUCUGAGCUCAUUUCUCUCAGCCCUGCGCAGUGAGCAGAGGGAGAGAGAGACGCUGCUCGUGGAGCUCCCUCCAGUGAGACAGGGGGAGACAGACGCUCUCCGAGCCCAGCAGCAGACCACCCCAGCCGGGCAAGGAGCAGCGGCACCGUCCCUCUCCUCCAUCGCCAUCACCUCCUGUCUGCAGGCUGCUCCUAGAACCAGACGCUUGCGUGCUGCGCGCGUGCGUGCGCGAUCGGCCGCCGCGUGCGUGUGUGCGAGCCGAACGGCUCGGCUCGGCUUGCAGAGCGAGGAGGGGGAAGCGGAAAAGGGGAGGGGGUUGGUGGGCCAGCUUCGGUCGGCGUCUCAUCGCACCACCAAGCCCGGGCGAGACGACGAGAGGAGGGAGGAGAGGAAGGUAGCAUGGAGGAGAGUCGGAGGCAGGGCUGUGGAAUGAGGCGUCAGACGGACGGAGAGCGACGCUGUGAGCUGUGGCAUUAGCAGGCGGGCAGCUGCACACGGGGCUGCUCUCUCGCUCCCCUCCCAACCGGCACGCCGUCUCUCGCUCUCUCGCUCUCUCUCUCUCUCUCGGUUGGGUUCUCUCCUGCAACCGUCUCCCGUUGGGAUUAGCUUGCACAGAUCGCCGCUUGGCAGACGUCGUUCUUCAGCGCGCCAAACAGGAAUUCACGGCAAUGCUACUCAUUUCCAGGAGAGCCGCUGGAUUUUAACCCUUUUCUGAGCUCCACCUCUGGAUUGACAGCGUCGGUGCGUGGAGGUCGUCUGAACAGGACCCUCGGUGCCCUGUCGCAGUCCUGGGACUGACCCUCCACUGCCACUGGGGCGAUUUCCUGCGAUUUCACUGAGCUCUCAGAUUCUUCUGAUUCACUGCAUCUGGAAUAGAGAUCUCACCAGUAUUGCCCUCCAUGGUUUCUGCCCUACUCAAGACCAUAUCAUUGUACAUUGAAAAGAUUUGCAAAGGAAUGUUUACAAAGAAAUUGGCCAAUCCCACAAAGAAAAAAGAGCCUAGUGAAAAUAAAGAGUCCAAAUUGACCACCAAUUUGCAAGCACGUAAUCCAACUUUCUCUACCACGCUGAAAACCACAGUUAAGAAAAUCUCUAAAUGCUCUUCUGCACGUAACAUAUCACUCGAAGACGAAGACGGUAAAAACGACUGCUCAUCCCUCUCUCCGACAUUCAGUUAUCGCGUCGCUAUAGCGAACGGACUCCCGAAGAAAGCUCGUCUGUUAAAUAAUAAUGAGAGUGUACUCCAAGAGGUUCUGUCUAUCGAUAGCAGCCACUCUGACUCUCUGAGUGAGACCAAACCUGUCCGCAGACUGGAUGAGCAGAAAUCUCACACCAUGCCAGUGAGACGAAAUAGGAAGAGCCUUAUCAGCCUAGCGCCGUCUGACGGCAGCUCUGAGGGCGAACGCGUCGAACGCUCGAGUCUGCAAACGCUCAGGCUGGGCGCGUUACGUAAGCUGAGGAAAUGGAAGAAGAGCCAAGAAUGUGUCUCCUCCGACUCUGAGGUGAGCAACUGGAGGAAGACCCUCGGCAUCCGGAGCAAGUCUCUGGAUAGGGCGGGGAGGCAGCAAAAGAGCUCCACCCUUGAACCCGGCUCUUCCUCCACGGGCUGCAUCAGCCAGACCCAGGAUGUGAUGGAGAUGAUCUUCAAGGAGCUGCAGGGGAUCAGCCAAAUAGAGACAGAGCUGUCUGAGCUGCGUGGGCAUGUUAAUGCCCUGAAAAGCUCCAUCGACGAGAUCUCCAGCAGCGUGGAGGUUGUGCAGAGCGAGAUCGAGCAACUCCGCUCGGGGUUCGUUCAGUCCCGGAGGGAGACGCGUGACAUCCACGACUAUAUCAAGCAGAUCAGCCCCCAGGCCAGCAAGGCCUCCCUCAGGUUCCUCAAUGUUCCUGAGGAAAAGUUAGAGAAGACUGACAGUGUCAUCUAUUCCAUUCUGAAAGAUAAAAUGGGAUUCAUAGAUGCACAUAAAACACUAAAAAUAGAACUUGCCCAUAGGUUAGGCCAACAAAGAGAAUGUUCCAACGCUAAACCUCGACCUAUUCUUGUUAUCUUUUCAACCCCACAAGAUAGGGAUUUAGUUUUGAAAAAAUGCUAUAAACUUAAAGGGACAGGCAUAUCCGUCUCCACAGAUAGCUUGACUCACGAUGUGAAGGAGAGGAAAGACAAAGGACUAUCCUCUUCACAGACCUACGAAAGAAUGGAUAUCAAGGUCUCAGGGAAGGACAAAGUGGUCGAGAGCGAUGACUGGGAUUCAAUGGACAGCGACAAAGAGCUGGAUGAGCUGAGUAAGAAUAAAUAUGCAAUGGUGAUUACAAAGCCUGCCCAUAAAAGUAAAUCAGACAAAAAGAGGUCCCGCGACCACAGCCGGUCAGCAGACGAGGCAGGGUACUCGGGCUCGGUUCAUUACGCCGACGAUUCAUACGACGAAUCAGAGAAACAUGCCAAGGCCUACUACUCUGACCUGACACCGGGCUGGCUGUCCCAGAGUGACUAUUCCACCCCCAAGCUCAGCCGCUCUGAGUCGGAUUGCUCCAAACUCUGCCAGUCUUAUUCAGAGGACUUCUCCGAGAGCCAGUAUUUCAGCCGGACCAACGGCGGCUCUCUGUUGUCGUCCUCGGACCAGGAGCUGUGGCAGAGGAAGCAGGAGGAUAUGGCCUCUUCCUGGUACGCCAGCCCUUGCCAGCCCCUUAGCCAAGAGAACCCCUCUUACGUGGAGCCCAAUGAGGCUGAGACCACAGAGACUAUUGACAGUGGGGUGAGUAACGGAAUGGUCUGCAUGUCUGGGGACAGGAGCCACUACAGUGGUUCUCAGCUCUCCCUGCAGGGUGACCUUUCUCCUUGGAAAGACUGGCAUCACCUGGAGCAGGGUACUGAUUCCGGCCUGGAUGCCUCCAUAGAGCAGAACCUGGUCUCAGAGGUCAGCAGCCCCUUCGACCCCACAACCAUACCAGGAUUCCCUGAGAACAUCACAAAGUGUCAGGAGGUUGAUCUACAGUUUGAAGGGGAGGAGGAUUUCAUGACUUUAGAUAAUCCCUGCGUUGUCCCUGCUCCUAUCACUACUUACAUCCCCAUUACUCCUGUCAUAGAGAAGGAGCCUGUCCACAAGCCACCUGUCCGCAAAUCUAAAGAGGCCCUGAAAGAAAGCUCCAAAGUGACUACGAAAGAAGUCCAAAAAGUUGCUUCUAAACCGGUUUCUAAAGUAACUACAAAGAGCCCUAAAGAAACCACUAAAGCAAAUACUAAAUUAACAGCUAAAGAAUCCCAGAAAGUGCUGGCUAAGGAGACUCCUAAGAUAAUUGCCAAGGAGACCCCUAAAGUGAUGACUAAGGAGAUCUCUAAAACGACUUCUAAACAGGGUGCUAAAGCAACCUCUAAACCAGGCCCAAAAAUAACAGCUAAAGAAAGCCCCAUUAUCACCCCUAAAGAAAGCCCUAUUAUAACUCCUAAGGAAAGCCCUGUUAUAACUCCUAAGGAAAGCCCUAUUAUAACUCCUAAGGAAAGCCCUGUUAUAACUCCUAAGGAAAGCCCUAUUAUCACCCCUAAAGAAAGCCCAGUAGUGACUCCUAAAGAAAGCCCUAUAACCAUCCCCCAAGAGGCCCUCAAAGUAACUGGUAAAGAGUUUCCUAAAGAACCCCCAAAAGUGGUCUCUAUUGAGGUGCCCAAGGUGAGUGCUAAAGAAAGUCCUGUAGUGAGCCUUAAACAGGCCCCUAAGGUGGCCCCCAAGCCAGCCCCCCGGACUGCACCUCAGGCUGCCCCCCAGGUAAUCCCUCAGGCUGCCCCCCAGAGUACACCUCAGACUGCACCCCAGGCCGUGCCCCAGACUGCACCCCAGACUGCACCCCAGGCUGUCCCCGAGACUGCCCCCAAGGCUGCCCCCCAGACUGCACCCCAGACUGCCCCCCAGACUACACCUCAGGCUGUACCCCAGGCCGUCCCCCAGGCUGCCCCCCAGGUGGUCCCCCAGGCCCCGGCUCAAGUGGCCCCUAUAUCAGCCCCUCAAGCGGCCCCUAAAGCAGCUCCUAAGGUGACACACAAAGAAACAUUCCCAGAGCUUGAUGUCAAUCACAGCUUUCACCAGAACCAAACCAAGACAGCCACCAUGUACCGCAGUCAGAGUGAGAUCAGGACUGAGAAAGUCGAAGAGGUCCCCAAGUCCUGGAGCAGCAGGCUAAGCAUUGAUCUCACUGAUAAAUCAUUUGGUUUUGGCUUUGGCUCCACACUACAGAGGGCCAAAUCAGCCCUGGAGGUUGUGUGGAACAAGGGCUCCCAACCUCCAAGUGCUCCAGUGGAGGAACCCGCCAAUUCCUCCUCCUUCAUGGGCCGCUUCCGAAAUCUCUCCACCUCCACCCCCAACGACUCCAGCACCACCAUCGACUCCGACGUCUACAACGAGCCCUUCGUCUACAAAGCCGAGGAGGAGCAGGAGGAGACGGCGGCUGCAGAAGUAGCAACCGGAGAUCAGCCUGUUGACAACGAAACCCACUACGUAGAGGUGAUGGAACAGGUGCUAGCCAACCUGGAGAACAAGACCAACGCCGAGGACACGGAAGAGCCCGUGCCAGAGUACGAGGCCACUCAGGACAACAACGGCUCUCAGGAUUACGAUGCUUCUCAGGAUUACGACGCCUCUCAAGAACUGGAAGGUUCCGAGGAUUUCGAGGCGGCGCAAGAGGCGGCUCCCGUCCUGGAGUACGACUGCAGUCUGGAUGAGCACUACGACGAGGCGUGCAGCGAGGACUACGAGGACACCCAGAUGACCGAGGACACCGCCGAGUAUGACGACAUGGUGGAGUAUGUUGAGGUGGAGGAACCCGAUGAGACCGAAGACAUGGAGGAAGGGGACGAAGACCUGGAGGAGGUCGAGGAGUUGGAGGAAGCGUCCGAAGCUUGUGAGAGCGUAGAACAACAGGAGGACGAAAACAAGAACGUCCCACAGGAGAAGCUCGUGGAGGCCCCGCCUAAGAAGCGCAUCCGCCCGACGUUCAAGGAAGCAGCGCUGAGGGCCUACAGGAAGCAGAUGACUGAGUUGGAGCAGCAGAUCAUGGCUGGAGACAGCUGUGCUUUGGAAGCCCAGACUCUCAAUAUCCUGGAUCCCAAAGUACUUGGGCUUCAGGCUGGUGGGGCUGGCAGCAUUCUUUAUGGUAUUGACAGCAUGCCAGAUUUACGCCGCAAGAGGACCAUGCCUAUUGUCCGAGACCUGGCUUUGACUCUAACUGCUCGAAAGGCAGGUAUCUCGUUCGCCCUGGUGACCAGAUCUACCCUGAACAACGAGGACUUGAAACUGCACGUGUUCAGGAAGACCCUCCAGGCUCUGAUCUACCCCAUCUCGUCCACGACGCCACACAACUUUGAGGUGUGGACGGCCACGGCGCCCACCUACUGCCACGAGUGCGAGGGGCUGCUGUGGGGCAUCGCCCGCCAGGGCAUGCGCUGCUCCGAGUGCGGCGUCAAAUGCCACGACAAGUGCCAGGACCUGCUCAACGCAGACUGCCUACAGAGGGCCGUGGAGAAGAGCUCCAAACACGGCGCUGAAGACAAGACCCAGAACAUCAUCAUGGCCAUGAAGGAGAGGAUGAAGAUCCGGGAGAAGAACCGUCCCGAGGUGUUCGAGGUCAUCCAGGAGAUGUUCCAGAUCUCCAAGGAGGACUUCUCCACCCACCUGAAGGCAGCCAAGCAGGCCGUGCUGGAGGGGACCUCCAAGUGGUCCGCAAAGAUCACCAUCACAGUGAUGUGUGCCCAGGGCCUUCAGGCCAAGGACAAGACGGGCUCCAGCGAUCCUUACGUCACCGUCCAGGUGGGCAAGACCAAACGCAGAACCAAAACCAUCUUCGGGAACCUCAACCCUGUCUGGGACGAGAAGUUCUUCUUCGAGUGCCACAACGCCACCGACCGCAUCAAGGUGCGCGUCUGGGACGAGGACGACGACAUCAAGUCCCGCGUGAAGCAGCACUUCAAACGGGAAUCGGACGACUUCCUGGGCCAGACCAUCAUCGAGGUCCGCAUGCUGAGCGGGGAGAUGGACGUGUGGUACAACCUGGAUAAGAGGACUGACAAGUCGGCAGUGUCUGGUGCCAUCAGGCUGAAGAUCAGCGUGGAGAUGAAGGGAGAGGAGAAGGUGGCUCCUCCCCACGGCCAGUACACCUGUCUGCACGAGAACCUGUUCCACUACCUGACGGAGAUGAAGAACAGCGGAGCGGUGAAGAUCCCGGAGGUGAAAGGCGACGAGGCGUGGAAGGUCUACUACGACGACGUCUCCCAGGAGAUCGUGGACGAGUUUGCCAUGAGAUACGGGGUGGAGUCCAUCUAUCAGGCCAUGACGCAUUUCUCCUGUCUGUCCUCUAAGUACAUGUGCCCUGGCGUUCCCGCGGUGAUGAGUAACCUGCUGGCCAACAUCAACGCCUACUUCGCCCACACCACCACCGCCACCACCAACAUCUCGGCCUCGGAUCGAUUUGCUGCCUCCAACUUUGGGAGGGAGAAAUUUGUCAAACUCCUGGAUCAGCUUCACAACUCACUGAGGAUUGACCUCUCCAAGUACCGGGAUAAUUUCCCUGCAGGAAACCCGGAGCGUCUGCAGGAUCUGAAGUCUACUGUGGACCUCCUGACCAGCAUCACCUUCUUCAGGAUGAAGGUGCAGGAGCUUCAGAGCCCGCCCAGAGCUAGCAUGGUGGUGAAGGACUGUGUACGAGCCUGUCUGGAUUCCACUUACAAAUACAUAUUUGACAACUGCCACGAGUUGUACAACCAGCUCCUGGACCAGGCUCGCCAGCAGAUCAUUCCUCGUGAGGAGCAGGGUCCGUCCAUAAAGAACCUGGACUUCUGGCCUAAACUCAUAACUCUCAUGGUGUCCGUCAUCGAUGAGGACCGGACUGCCUACACUCCCGUCAUAAACCAGUUUCCUCAGGAGCUGAACAUGGGCAAGAUCAGUGCCGAGAUCACGUGGAGCCUGUUUGCCCUGGACAUGAAAUAUGCCAUGGAAGAGCACGAAAAGCACCGUCUAUGCAAGAGCACCGAGUACAUGAACCUCCACUUCAAAGUCAAAUGGUUCCACAACGAGUAUGUCCGUGAUCUGCCUGCGUUUAAAGAGACUCCACCUGAAUAUUCUUUGUGGUUUGAUCCCUUCGUCAUUCAGUGGUUGGAUGAGAACGAAGACGUUGCCAUGGAGUUUCUCCACGGAGCGCUGGGGAGGGACAAGAAGGACGGCUCGGCUGAGUGGAUCGGCUGCUCUCAAGUCACCCUGCCUCGCCUCUGA